GCCGGGGAGUAGCGCGAGGCUUGGCGGGAGUUUUUGCGUCGGCGGCAAGCGCGGCGGGCUGGAAUGGAUCGGCCGCGGCCCGCGCGGCUGUCGCAUGCGAGAUUUUCGAAGAACCAUGCAGGAAGAACACAUUCCGUGAAAGAUAAAGCUGGCCAGACGCACAAGCCUCUGGAUGUAUUUGAGUUUCCUGAUGAUUCUCGGUUCUCAAGCCUCAGCAGGCUGGGCGAAAAUGAGAAAGAUGAAGAAUCCUAUGAAAGCUUUGACCCUCCUCUACACAGCACGGCUAUAUAUGCUGAUGAGGAAGAAUUCUCCAAGCACUGCGGGUCACAUCUCCCCUCAAUUCCUCAAGAAAAAGAAGCAGAGAGAAGUUCGGACACUUCUGAAAUUGAAGCAAGUGAAAACGAGUCUAUAAAGAUUAGUGCCAAAAAGCCAAGAAGAAAACUCAAGCCCAUCAGUGACGAAUCUGAAAGCCCUGAAGAAAGUGAUGUAAGGAGAAAAGUUAAACCCACAGAGAACAUAAAUACACGGCAUGAAGCUGUUUCAGCUACAGUACUUCCAGAACUUUCGGAGAAACCAGCUGAAGCGGUCACUCCUCAGAAGACAGGACCCCAGAGUGCUGAGUCCUCUGCUGAGAAAGCGACACUAGCCACAGAAGGUCAGCUGAAAACUCAGAAGAAUAAGAUGUUUCCUGACCAAAGGAAGAAGCCAAGAAGUGGUGCCACAGACUCAGAUACUUCCGACUGUGCACCUAUUUGGUGUUUAAAAGAAAAGAAAGCCAGUGACAUCAUGGAAUUAGAUGUGUUUUUGUCUGCAUUCGAGAACAUUCUUCUAGAGUAUGAACAAAAAAUAGACUCUCGAGUUUGUAAGGCAGCCAUCAACAAAUUUCAUUCUGAUUUGAAAGAAGAACUCAUCAAAAUGCUUCAAGAAGUCCAGAUGUUGAAGACUCUGAAAAGGAAGAAUGCUAAGAUGAUCUCCGAUAUCGAAAAGAAAAGGCAGCAUUUGAUUGAAGCCCAGGAUGAAUUGCUUCGGGUAGAACCUGAGCUGAAACAACUACACAUAAAGUAUGAGGAACUUCAGGAGAGAAAAGCUUCCCUUAGGAAGGCAGCAUAUUUCCUGUCUAAUCUCAAACAGCUUCAUCAGGAUUACGCAGCUGUUCAAGAGGAAGAACCAAGUGCAAAGGAAACAUAUGAUUCAUCCAGCCUUCCAGCUUUGCUGUUCAAAGCAAGACCCCUUUUAGGAGCUGAAAAUCAUCUGCAAAAUAUCAACUGUCAAUUAGAGAAGCUCCUUGACCAGAAAUGAGACCAGUCUACUAAGAUGUGCACAUUUAAGAUUAGUCUCGUGAUACAGUUUUAGAAGGUAACAGGCAGUAUAUAUUUUUGCACAAAGAUGGGAAGAAAACCUGAACUUUAUUACUAUUAAUUUGAAUUGAAUAUUUUUUAUUGUUAUAACAACAUUCUCAGAUAAGUUUAAAAGCAGGAAACUGUCUUACUGUUCAGACUGUAUGAUCUUGUCCCCAGAAUUUAAUAUUGCUUUGUCAUUAAAAUUAAAUGGCUAGGUAUAAUAGUUUUAGAGGCCAUAAUUAACUUUUCUAGUUAACACCAAGUACAAAGUUUUAAAAUGUUUUAGAACGUUGACACCUCAUCAGCCCUUAAACAUACAGAAGCUUUACCCUAAAAAUAAACAUCCAAAAUUAAGCUGAUGUGAACAUAGUUAAUCACAUAAGGAGAAUUCUACUGAAUUUAAUAAGCACACUGGAGCUGAUUUUCAGUAAAACUGGUUUAUUUCAGUAAAUAAGAUUUGGAAGUAAAGUGAUAAAUAAAACAGUUGGUAUAACAGGCUUAUUUAAUAAGUUACUAUAAUUUAAUGGUACUAAAUCUGCCUUCAUGCAGAUUAUAGCCUAGUUAUAUCAGUGUCCAUAAUUAGCUACUCUUGUAAUACUUCUAUUAGUAGUUCAUCAGGAAUUUCAUCCAUCCCAUUGUAAGCAAGAAGACUGUUCUCUGCAGCUUCUGCUAAUUCAGCAUCUUCUGUAGCCUCCAAAAUGCAAGUAUCGUCAAGGCCAUUAUCCCAGUCAGCAUCAGGACACGCACCUUUUGACGACACGCUAGCUGAUGGUUCGUGAGGACCCUUGGUUUCAGCGUUUGCCGUUGUAUCUGUUGCAAACUCCUCUUCCUGGUUCCAGAGAGGAGGGAGCGCAGAGUAGGAAGGAAAUUAAUCAGACAGAAUGUGUGAUAAUUUCACCAGAUAGUUGAUCUAUACUGAAUUAAGGGAUUCAGUUCAACAGAUACUAAAAUGAACACUGGACGGUACUGUCUCCAAUGCAGCGCCAUGGGCUCGUCACUGCCGCCUCUGUGGCGCGCUCACAGAGCUCCAGACUGGAGAUGCCUGCAGCUCCUGUGGUACGUUCUUUCCAGAGUACACUGGUGGGGCUACAGCAAAGGCAGACUGAUACUCUUUAAAAGUGGAUAGUCUAUAGUCUACCUGAAGGCAAACUGGUAUCUGCUAUCUUAACACACUAAUUUCUCGAUAGUUUUAAAAUUAACAUGGAUUGAAAAGUUUUGAGAUAACUGUCAAAGUAUGACUGGAUUUUGAGUAUUAAACAGUAUUGUAUCAACAUGAAAUUUCCUGAAUAAUUUCACUAUAGAUGUAUAAGAUGCUCUUAUUCUCCAGCUACAUGCUUGAAUAUUAAAGAGAUGAAGGGUUUUGAUAUCUGCACUUACUCUAAAGAGACUUGUUAUGGACUGAAAGUUUGCACCCCCUCCCCCAGAUUCACUGGUUGGGAUCCUGACGCCCAGUGUGGCGAUAGCAGGAGGUGAGGUCUGCAGGAGGCAGGUGCUGCGACCAGAAGGGACUGGCGCUAGCUCUGUGACCCCGGAAGCUGAGUCCACAGCACCGUGAUCUUGGACUGUCCAGCCUCCAGAACUCUGAGAGAUUUGUUGUUUUUAAGUCACUCAGUCUGAGGUACUCUGUUACAGCAGCCUGAAAUGCCCAAGACAAGACUCGUCAAAAACAACGUGUCCUUAAAAAAAAAAAAAAAAAGUGUCCUGUGGACAGUAGUGGGAGAAAACAAGUGUGGCCCAGUGUUUGAUAACAAGCAGCAAA